AUGUCUGGAACUGUGAGAGGAGGAGAAGAGAAGAAAGGAUCAGAUUUGACACAUCAAAGAGAAAGACCAGACUCGGAGGAACCAGAGCCAGGGACGUCCAAACCAGCAAGAAGACACCAGUGCUCCCACUGUGGAAAGGGUUUUAACCGGUUAUGGGACCUGAAACAACACGAGAUAAUACACACAGGGGAGAAGCCUUACCACUGCUCCCAGUGUGGAAAGAGUUUUAACCAGAAAGGACACCUGAUCCAACAUGAGAGAAUACACACAGGGAAGAAGCCUUACGACUGCUCCCAGUGUGGAAAGGGUUUUAACCAGAAAAGCUACCUGAAAAAACACGAGAGAAUACACACAGAGGAGAGGCCUUACCACUGCUCCCAGUGUGGAAAGAGUUUUACCUACUUGUGUAAUCUGAAAACGCAUGAGAGAAUACACACAGGAGAAAAGCUGUACUGCUGCUCCCAGUGUGGAAGGAGUUUUACCCACUUACGUAACCUGAAAACACACGAGAGAAUACACACAGGGGAGAGGCCUUACCAUUGCUCCCAGUGUGGAAAGAAUUUUGCCCACUUAAAUAACCUGAAAACACAUGAGCAAGUACACACAGGUGAUAAGCCUUACUGCUGCUCCCAGUGUGGAAAGAGUUUUAACCAGAAAAGCUACCUGAAAAAACACGAGAGAGUACACACAGGAGAAAAGCCUUACCACUGCUCCCAAUGUGGGAAGGGUUGUAACCAGUUAGGUGACCUGAAACGACAUGAGAGAAUACACACAGGAGAAAAGCUGUACCACUGCUCCCAGUGUGGAAAGGCUUGUAACCACUUAGGUGACCUGAAACGACAUGAGAGAAUACACACAGGAGAAAAGCUGUACCACUGCUCCCAGUGUGGAAAGGGUUGUAACCACUUAGGUGACCUGAAACGACAUGAGAGAAUACACGCAGCAGAAAAGCGGUAUCACUGCUCCCAGUGUGGAAAGAGUUUUACCCACUUACGUAACCUGAAAACACAUGAGAUAAUACAUACAGGGGAGAAGCCUUACCACUGCUCUCAGUGUGGAAAACGUUUUAUCCACUUAUGUAACCUGAAAACACACGUGCAAUUACACACAGGGGAGAAGCCUUACCACUGCUCCCAGUGUGGAAAGAGUUUUAAUCAGAAAAGCUACCUUAAAAAACACGAGAGAAUACACACAGGAGAGAAGCCUUAUCACUGCUCUCAGUGUGGAAAGGGUUGUAACCAGUUAGGGGACCUGAAACGGCAUGAGAGAAUACACACAGGAGAGAAGCCUUACCACUGCUCCCAGUGUGGAAAGGGUUUUAACCAGUUAGGGGACCUCAAACGGCAUGAGAGAAUACACACAGGAGAGAAGCCUUACCACUGCUCCCAGUGUGGAAAGGGUUUUAACCAGUUAGGGGACCUGAAACGGCAUGAGAGAAUACACACAGCAGAAAAGCCUUACCACUGCUCCCAGUGUGGAAAGAGUUUUACCCAGUUAUUGAACUUGAAAACACAUGAGAGAAUACACACACAGGGGAGAAGCCUUACCACUCCUCCCAGUGUGGAAAUCGUUUUGAUCAGUUAGGUAACAUGAGAACACAUGAGAUAAAACACACAGGAGAUCAGGAUGUAGGCUGCUGAACAGUAGGAAAGGACAGAUUUAGGCUCUGAACAGUAGGAAAGAGGACAGAUUUAGGCUGCUGAACAGUAGGAAAGAGGACAGAUUUAGGCUACUGAACAGUAGGAAAGAGGACAGAUUUAGGCUACUGAACAGUAGGAAAGAGGACAGAUUUAGGCUACUGAACAGUAGAAAAUAGGACAGAUUUAGGCUGCUGAACAGUAGGAAAGAGGACAGAUUUAGGCUGCUGAACAGUAGGAAAGAGGACAGAUUUAGGCUGCUGAACAGUAGGAAAGAGGACAGAUUUAGGCUGCUGAACAGUAGGAAAGAGGACAGAUUUAGGCUG